AUGAAAUCCAUCAUCAAGCGUAUCAAGCGACGCGCCUCCCCAACUACUGCUUCCGCACUGCUGGUUCCUCCGGUAACAACGCAGACUCAACAUCUGCCUAAGCAUAUCAGGGCCUCCAGUCACGAGCAAAGCGUCCGAACAAGGGAGACCUUUGUCACUCCAUCUAACAACUCGUCUUCUCAACUGUCACCAGACUUGGCCGUACCUAACAACUCGAGAAUCGGACAAUCAACUUCGCAAGAUUAUAAGAGCCCAGAAAGUGCGACUCAAGUUAAUCCAUCACACCACAUUCCGGAAAACAUGGAGAGUUUUAUAUCUAUCACAGACUCGUCAGCCUCAGGUGAACGCAGCUACACCACUCGCGUAUCUGCAAACUCCGAAGAGAGACUUUCUAGUCACUUACCACAGGGCGAGGAAGCGCAGCUGGAGAGCGCGAAGAAUGAUGGGCUUCGCAGUCCCUCAGUCAACGCACCCUCUAUUCGCACUUUCGGGGACCAUGCCCAUCGUCAAACUCAAUCAAACUUUGUCCACGUCGUACCGGAUGAUUCGGAAAGAGAUUCAACAACAACUUAUUACGAAGAGAAGCACACACUGAAGCCGGUAACGCGCGAGACGAUUCACAAACACGUCGUGGAGGAAGUGCAAAAGGUGAAACUCCAUGAGCGACACCUUACAUACGUUCAGCACCACGUGCAACCCAUCAUAAAUCCUAGUCAUGAAAUUGAGUUUCAAGAUUAUCGGAUAGAGUUACCAGACCAGCCCGGCCCACAAAUCGACAGGAUUAACGUUGAGAAAAAGUUAAAACUCGACACGAUAAUCGAUGAUCUCAUUCGCAACAAUAAGAAAAGGUACGAAAGAGAUGGCCACCAAAAGGUUACCAAUUCGCAAUCGAUCGAGCUGCCCGACGUUGAACAUCAAGCCAUGGUUGUUCACAAUUACCAUAUCAUACAACCGGUUAUUUUGAACCCUGAACGCGUUCCUGAAGAAACCGUACAUCUCAAAUUGAAUAAACAGACUGUUGUUUCCUCUGCUACGGAGGCCAAAAGCACAACUCUCGAAGAUACUUAUCCACAGUCCCCAUGGCAUAAUCCAUGA